UUCCGUAAACGUCACUUCCUGAAGUUGUUUCUAUAUGUACGGGGCGAUUGCUUGUGGUUUGGUAUUUAUUUAUUUAUCAAUUACCUUCACAAGUUGACCAUACAUACAACAUGUCUAGGUGUAAACAACAUUGCGGGUGUUUCAUCUGACCAAAGCUCACCCAUCGAUUGUUGUGGGAAAACAACGUAUUUUGACGUUUGGGCGCGAAAAAGACGGAAACGUGCGACCAUAAAUAGAAGCAGGCUAGCUAACUUGAGCUAGCACUUUAUGUUAAGUGGCUAAGUAUUGUUAGCUGACAUUUUAAUUUGUAGCCGGGCACUUCACUUUAUCGCGUCCUUUUCGGCGAGUUAAACAACAUGGAAUGCCCUCAUUUGAGCUCAAACGUGAGCUCUGUUGGAGACUUUUCUCGGCUGCCUAACGGUGCUCCUUCCUCUUGGUGCUGCAGCGUUUGCAGAUCUAAUAAAAGUCCAUGGCUCUGCCUCUCCUGCUUGAUGGUCCACUGUGGACGAUAUGUUAACGGCGAUGCAAAAAAGCACUUUGAAGAGAAUCAAGGUGCGGGAAACAGCCAAAAGAAGGCCGAAAAAGAGAAAGGACAACAUUCAGUUUGCAUGGAUUCCAGCAACUACAGUGUGUUUUGUUACAGAUGUGAUGAAUUUGUUGUCAAUGACACCAAACUAUGGCAUGUGCAGAAAGUGCGGGAGCAUCUCCAAACCCUGGAAAACUCAUCCCUAAUGGGUGACAGACAGAGAAAAAGAAAACUCCAGGACAACCAAGCUCCAGACAAGAAAAUGUUGAAAGAGAAUGAUGGGCCUGCUUUGGGAGCCACUGGCUUGCGUAACCUGGGUAACACAUGCUUCAUGAAUGCCAUUCUGCAGUCGCUCAGUAACAUCGAGCAAUUUAGCUGUUAUUUUAAAGGGUUACCAGUCGUGUCGUUACGCAGUGGUAAGACGGCUGGAAAGAGGACGUACCACACUCGCAGCCAAGGGGACACCAGUGUGUUGCUGGUUGAAGAGUUAAGGAAGACAUUUUGUUCCCUCUGGCAAGGGGGAGCCUUCAGUCCAGACUCGCUAUUUUACGCCGUAUGGAAAAUCAUGCCAAGUUUCAGGGGCUAUCAGCAGCAGGAUGCCCACGAGUUCAUGCGCUACCUGCUGGACCAUCUCCACAGGGAGCUCCAGCAAAACCAGAACGGGGCAACAGAGAUCGUGUCACCUCAGGGUGGGCUCAGAACCUCCAGCACUGAUGGCAAAUGCUGCUUAAACGGAACUCCCAGCGUUGUCACAUCUAUUUUUGGUGGGAUCCUUCAAAAUGAAGUCAACUGUUUGAUAUGUGGGACAGAAUCCCGCAAGUUUGACCCUUUUCUUGAUCUGUCUCUGGACAUUCCCAGUCGGUUUAGACAAAAGAGGAGUAAGGAUCAAGAACCAGGGCCGACAUGCACUUUGCGUGAAUGCUUACGAAGCUUUACUGACCUGGAAGAGCUGGACGAAACAGAGCUGUACUAUUGCCACAAGUGUAAGAAACGACAAAAAUCCACCAAGAAGUUCUGGAUCCAGAAGCUUCCAAAGGUUUUGUGCUUGCACUUGAAAAGGUUCCAUUGGACUGCUUUUUUGAGAAAUAAAGUGGACACUUAUGUGGAGUUUCCUCUAAAAGACUUAGACAUGAAGGGCUACUUACUUGAGCAGGAAAGCUUGCUAGCAGGAAGCUGUUUGUAUGACCUGGCGGCCAUUGUAGUGCAUCAUGGAUCUGGGGUGGGAUCGGGCCAUUACACGGCUUACGGCAGCCACGAGGGGCGCUGGUACCAUUUCAACGACAGCACAGUGACUUUGGCCAGCGAAGAAACGGUGAGGAAGGCCAAGGCAUACAUCCUCUUCUAUGUGGAGAGGACUGAGCAGGUGGCAUCAGGAAGGCCCGUGAUGGGCACCAGUCCUGCAGAGAUAGCAAGUAGAACAGGACAUGACUGGCAAUGGAGUUGGGGGUUAUGACUCUGCUCUAAUGGUAUGUCCUCUGCACUACAAUUGAGCAAUUUCUAACACACACCAAGUGGCCGAUUCACCUUUGAGGAAGUGUUGAGUCACAGCAUGUGACUUUCACUCACUUCUUCUUUUGGAAACCUUAAAGCUACUGUAAGUAAUUGCCUUGUGUAUGUUGGAUAAAGAAGUAGGUCAGGUUGUACUGUACUCCUUCUGCAGUCCCGCUUGAGCAAAUACUGUACCAGCCUCAAAGCAUCAAUCAAAACUGAACGAUGUGGUCAAAACCGUUAGAUCAAGGGUCCCCAAACUACGGCCUGCAAGCCGGAUCCAGUCCAGCAGUGUCUGCAACACGGCCCGCGUGACAUCCCAAGUAAAAAAAAUUAAAAAAAAAGGUUUUAUUUUUAUUGUUUAUUUUUAAAGUGCUCAGGCAAAUCAUUUUGUUGAUGUAGAUGCCCAUCCAAGGGUUGGAUUUGGUUUUUGCAUUAGAUUGUUCUCACUUUCCACACUGUAGCUACAAACGUUUUUAAACAGUGUUUAUUUUUUUUCCCCACCACAAUGUAUUUGACAUAAAACAAUAGUGUGUAGACCUUCAGCCUUCUAAAAUGGUACUUUUUUUUUAAUAUAUACUUUUUCAAAUUUUCUUGUAAUCAGACCAUAUUUUCGGUACUGUAUAUUUCGGAUUAUAAAUCGCAGUUUUUUUCAUAGUUUGGCCGGGGGUGCGACUUAUACACAGGAGCGACUUAUGUGUGAAAUUAUUAACACAUUACCGUAAAAUAUCAAAUAAUAUUAUUUAUCUAAUUCACGUAAGAGACUAGGCGUAUAUCAGCAAUCGUCACACGCAUACAUCAACCAAUUAAAUUAGGCGGGGGCGGGUCAUGGCAGAAGUACAUUGUGAAAAAAAAAGAUGUUACCUGCUAUGAAAAUGGAUAAUUUCAACAUUGGCGGUAACUUAUAAAUACUGAGAAGGGCUGAACAAAAAUGGCACCGAAAAGGAAAUCAUAUACUGCAGAUUACAAGCUGGACGUAGUGAAAUAUGCAGCAGAAAACGGCAAGAGGAAGCGGCGCAUUGUCUACCUUUGGAGUUGGCAGAGUUGUUUAGAAGCAACACAGAAGAUUUCAUGGGAUUUAGCGAUUAGGAAUGACAGAUUGUUUGGUAAACGUAUAGCAUGUUCUAUAUGUUAUAGUUAUUUGAAUGACUCUUACCAUAAUAUGUUACGUUAACAUACCAGGCACGUUCUCAGUUGGUUAUUUAUGCCUCAUAUAAGGUACACUUAUUCAGCCUGUUGUUCACUAUUCUUUAUUCAUUUUGAAUUGCCUUUCAAAUGUCUAUUCUUGGUGUUGGCUUUUAUCAAAUACAUUUCCCCCAAAAAAUGUGACUUGUACUCCAGUGCAACUUAUAUAUGUUUUUUUCCUUCUUUAUUAUGCAUUUUUGGCCAGUGCGAUUUAUACUCCCGAGCGACUUAUACGCCGAAAAAUACGGUAUAUUAGACUGAAUUUUUACCUGACAUGUUUCGACUGUCAUCUGCAGUCGUCUUCACGGUCUUCAGGGUCACCUGACCACAGUCUAGUACCCGCACUCCUUUACUAUGAAGCUGCGUUGCUGUAACACGUGGCUUGGCAUUGUCUUGCUGAAAUAAGCAGGGGCGUCCAUGGUAACGUUGCUUGGAUGGCAACAUGUGUUGCUCCAAAACCUGUAUGUCCAUUUAAGCAUUAAUGGUGCCUUCACAGAUGUGUAAGUUACCCAUGUCUUGGGCACUAAUACACCCCCAUACCAUCACACACGCUGGCUUUGGAAGUUUGCGCCGAAAAAAAUCCGGAUGGUUCUUUUCCUCUUUGGUCCAGAGGACACGACGUCCACAGUGUCCAAAAACAAUUUGAAAUGUGGACUCGUCAGACCACAGAACACUUUUCCACUUUGCAUCAGUCAAUCUUAGAUGAGCUCGGGCCCAACAAAGCCGGCAGCGUUUCUGGGUGUUGUUGAUAAAUGGCUUUUGUUUUGCAUAGUAGAGUUUUAACUUGCACUUACAGAUGUAGCGACCAGCUGUAGUUGCUGACAGUGGGUUUCUGAAGUGUUCCUCAGCCCAUGUGGUGAUAUCCUUUACACACUGCUGUCGGUUUUUGAUGCAGUACCGCCUGAGGGAUAGAAAGACCGUAAAAUCAUUGUUUAUGUGCAGUGAUUUCUCCAGAUUCUCCGAACCUCUACAGACCGUAGAUGGUGAAAUCUACGGUGAAAAUCCCUAAAUUCCUUGAAAUCGCUCGUUGAGAAAUGUUGUUCUUAAACUGUUGGACAAUUUGCUCACGCAUUUGUUGACAAAGUGGUGACCCUCGACCCAUCCUUGUUUGUGAAUGACUGAGCAUUUCAUGGAAGCUGCUUUUAUACCCAAUCAUGGCACCCACCUGUUCCCAAUUAGCCUGUUCACCUGUGGGAUGUUCCAAAUAAGCAUUUGAUUGGCAUUCCUCAACUUUCUCACUCUUUUUUGCCAUUUGUGCCAGCUUUUUUGAAACACGUUGCAGGCAUCAAAUUCCAAAUGAGCUAAUAUUUGCAAAAAAUAACAAAGUUUACCAGUUCGAACGUUAAAUGUCUUGUAUUUUGCAGUCUAUUCAAUUGAAUAGAAGUUGAAAGGGUUUUGCAAAUCAUUGUAUUCUCUUUUUAUUAACCAUUUACACAACGUGACAACUUCACUGGUUUUGGGGUUUGUAGUUUGGUGUUUUUUUUAAAGCAGUAAAGUUGCCAUUUAAUAUAAUAUAGGUUUGUGUCUCGUCUGUUAUCUGCUUUUUUCCUCCAAAAUUAAACAACUGACUGAACAUCCUCCAAGUCUGGUGAUUCCAUCCUUUUUUAUUUACCAGGGCUUGUAGUACAUGCAGUUUUAUAGUUAGCACACGUCUUAUUUGUCGCCCUUAAUAAUGAGCAGAGGUGGGUAGUAACGCGCUACAUUUACUCCGUUACAUCUACUUGAGUAACUUUUGGGAUAAAUUGUACUUCUAAGAGUAGUUUAAUGCAACAUACUUUUACUUUUACUUGAGUAUAUUUAUAGAGAAGAAACGCUACUUUUACUCCACUCCAUUUAUUUACAUUCAGCUCGCUACGGAUUUUUAUUGAUCUGUUAAAGCACGCUUUGUUUGUUUUGGUUUGUCAGACAGACCUUCAAAGUAGGACCUAUUGCAUGCCUGCGUUUCACCAAUCACAUGCAGUCACUGGUGACGUUUGACUCCGUUUCACCAAUCACAUGCAGUCACUGGUGACGUUUGACUCCGUAUCACCAAUCAAAUGCAGUCACUGGUGACGUUUGACUCCGUAUCACCAAUCAAACAGAGCCAGGCGGUGAUGUGAUUAAGUGCAC